AUGGGGGCGAUCAGGAUCAUAGCCCUUCUGCUGCUUUGUUUUCUGAUCUUGGACACCACAAUCAUCCACAGCGUCAAAGCGAGAUUCCGAGGAGCACAACCGAAAAAAAUACCCUCUCUAGCGGCUGAUGGUGGAGUUGUCGAACCCAUCGCAGGAGUACGCAGAACAAAAGGGGGCCUGCUGCCCUGGUGGGUGCGCAAAAGGUUGCAGGAGCAGGAGCAGACAGGGACUGAUGAAGGAGCUGUCGACAAAAAGCUGUCCAGGAAUGCAAAGAAGAAGGCCAAGACCCUGCACAAGAACGUGGAGAUCGUGCAGCUGGCACGGGAUGAUAGGGAGGACGUGGGUACUGGCAAUGGCGCCGAUGUCAUGCAGAGCGGAGACUCGGCCAUCGUUGUGAAGGACCUUCCCCUAGAGGAUGGGGCCGACCAGGGGGCCGACGACAGGCUGGCAGCCUACGACGCCCAGAUGGGCAUCCUGGCAGAGGCCGCCAAAGUGGAGGAGCUGUCGCGCGGCAGCGCAGCCGAGCCGGACUUGCUCAUGGACGACGCAGGGAAGCAGGCCGUCGAGAUGCACGAGAGCGCUGCCGCAAAUGCGCGCGACCGGCCGCGGGUGCAGUCCGCCGCUGCGGCGAGCCGACAGGCCGAUGCUGACGAGGACGCAGACGAGGAGUCUGAGAUUGUGGCAGGGCAGGAGCAGGGGUCUUUCUACGACGAGGGAGAAGAUGAAGAUAGCCGCCGCCGCCGGCUGCUGCAGAGCCCCAAGAAGAAGGGGAAGCGGCGGAGGAAGCCGCUGAAUCCAGAGGACGUGCCGGGGUCUGUCAGCAGGAGCUUACCGGAUGAGGUCCUGCCAGCAGAGCAGGAGGAGGCAGCUGCUGCUGGGCUGAAGUGGCCGGGUGAAUUACGGCAGGAAAUUGGGGACGGUGAGGAGGAGGAUGACAGGGACAUAGUCAUGACGGAUGUCAGCCGCGCCGAGAGGCAAGCCGAGCAGCAGAACGCGGUUUCUGACCCGGGGGACAGUGACAAUUUUGAGGAGGGUCUGCUGAGCGCUGCCGAUGAGGACAGCGGGAGGGAUGCAGCCGUGCUCAGCCGGGAGACAGCAAAGGAUGGCCAGAGGGAGUUGGCAGAGGGUGGCAGGAGCAGUAACAAGCGUGCAAGAUCAGGGAAAAGGAGGAGGAAAGGGAGAGGAGAGGGCUGCACCCAUAUGGGUAGAAUUAUUGGGUAG